AUGGAGAAGGUUACGGAGGAAGAUAUCAGUCGUUGGUGCAAAGAGAAGGGAGUGCAUGUUAACUAUAGUCUGAGUUUGGUUGGGAAUCUUUCCACCGUCAAGGAAGAAGAGGUAUUGAAAUUUAUGGAGCAAGUCUAUGGGCUAAGUUAUCCCUGUAUCGUGGAUAAAUGGAAGGAGCAGAAUGGAGAAGUGUCGGCUAUGCUCCUCAGUGGUAAGGACGUAUUGGAUCGGACUUUAUUUCCUGGUAUGAUCAUAUUGGAACGAGGAUCUGGGAGGAAAAUCCAAAUAAUAUGGCCUGAAGGACAAAGGUCAGAAGAGGAAGAGGCCACCCAAGGAGAUGAUCAAGGAGCAGGAGAACAUAUCACUGGUGUUAAUUUUGCCGGAUCCUAUAUGAUUCGUGAUGAAACCAAUGCUGCAUCUCGACAACGUACCAGCAGAUCAGAACCCCAGGUGGAAGCUGUAGUCGACAAAGUGGUUAGUCAUCUGGAAAGAUGGCACUUUGAAGGAGGAUAUCGUAGAUUGAGGAUAUUCUCGGGAAUUACUCCUGUACCUGCAGGAGAAGAAACAUACGAUAUGUGGAGGGAGGCUGCCAUCCAACAUUCUGAGGAAUGGCAAUGCCCGGAGCAUAUAAGAAAGCAGAGAGUGGUGGAGAGUCUGCGUGGGCCUGCUAUGAGGGUGAUCCAAGCGACCAGGAGGAGCAACCCCAUUGCCACUUUACGGGAAUAUAUUGAGGCUUUGGAUUUCUCCUUUGGAACCUUGGAAGAUGUUGGAGAUAUGUUGGCCAGGCUGAACGGCACUUAUCAAAAUUACGCAGAGACGUUAACCCAAUUUAUAUAUAGAGUGGACCGGUUAAUAUAUAAGAUUGUGGACAAAGGAGGACUUACAUCAGACGUCGUGGAUGAGAGGCGAUUAAGACAAAUCUUGAAAGGGGCUCUUACCAACUGUCCGAUAGCUCAGAAACUUCGUUGUACUAUGACUCCAGCUCGACCCCCCACCUUGAAUGAAUUAGUCAGAGAUGUCAAAUUGGAGGAAGUCCAAAUGGAAAACCGGGAAAAGUCUAUAAAAAAGGUUAAAGUUGUAUAA